AUGGAGACAGCCCAGGCGACCUCAGCUGCCGGCCGUCCGGUUUACCAGCCGCUGCACCCAGACGUGCGCGCAAGGCUGGACCCCGACUACAUCCAGCUGCACGAAGACGUGCUCCGGUACGUUCCACGGUCCGAGACGCUGCCGUGGACUGCCGACUCGCGCUCUGCCCCGUCACCCAUGGCCCAUGGCGGCCAGAAGCUGUCCGACGUCGGCUCCGUCGAGGACCGUCCCCUCGGCGUCGACGGCGAGGUCCAGGCACGCAUCUUCACACCUUCCGGCACACCACCGCCGCAGGGCUGGCCCAUCUUUGUCUGGUUUCAUGGCGGUGGUUGGGUGGUCGGAGGUCUCGCCAGCGAGAAUGGCUUCCUGACGCACAUCUGCAAGCGUACGAGCUCUCAUCCCCUCUUCUUCUCCAAGAGCAUCUUCUCGUUGCUGACUCCUCGGACAGACAUACAUUGCGUCGUCAUCUCCAUCAACUACCGACAUGCACCCGAGCACGUCUACCCGACCGCUGCCGACGACUCGUAUGCCGGCCUGGAAUGGGUCCUUUCGGCCGAUACGAUCGAGCAGCUGCAUCUCGACCAGUCCAAGGUUGCUCUGGGCGGACUGUCGGCUGGUGGCGGCCUCGCCUCUAUCGUCGGCCUCAAGGCGGCCGAUGCCGCUUAUGCCACCACGGUCAAGCCCUGCUUUCAGAUGCUCAUCUGCCCCGUCAUCGACAACACGGCCACUGUCGAAUCUGCAUGGGCCGCCUCCCAACACUCGCCCUGGCUCACGCCCACCCGGAUGCAGUGGUACCGGAACAAGUACUUUGUUGGCGACGCGCAGAAGCAGACCGCCGAAUGGACCGCGUCGCCGUGUUUUGCACCCAACGAGCUCCUGGCCCGCAGUCCGCCGACGUUCCUCGCCAUUGCCGGAUGCGAUCUGUUGGCCCCAGAGGCCACCGACUUUGCCGAGAAGCUGCGCGUGGCCGGUGUGCCCGUCGAUGUCCAGACCUAUCCGGGCGGCACGCACUCAAUGCUCAUUCUGGCUGGAAUCCACCAAACCGGCAAAAAGGUCGUGCACGACGCCUCUGCUGCACUCGCGCGCGCCUUUGGCACCUCCUAUGAUGCAGAAGCAGCGCCAGUCCUCAGCCUGGAAGCAUAG